AUGUCGAUAUUCAAAAAUUUAACUUCACAGCUCUUUAACAUCUCAAGUACUAUUGAUGAGCAAGAUUGUAAUAGUAGUAAUAAUAACGGUACAAAGGAAAUUAUACAACAUUUCAAUAUCUCUCAAUUGAAUUCGUCUGGUAAAAUUGUAAAAAAUGAUUUUAAAAAACUGAUAACAUCCAAAAUUAAUGUGGAAUCACCAGAUUGUACACUCUUUGAUAUUCCACAAUCUUCAAUUGGCUCUUUGUUUAGCGCUACUUUCUCCUUGUUUGUGAAUUCUAUAGAAUCAAUCGAAGUUACUGUGGUCACUGUAGAAUUGGUUCAACAUAUAAUUAUUCAACAAUCCUUAUCUCCAACAUGUAAAUUCUGUAAAGAUGGUCUGGGUUCUAUUAAAAAGAUAAAAGAAUGGAAUUUACUCAAACAACCAACUAGUUUUAGUAAAGGGGAAUAUAAAAUCCCAUUUUCAUGUCAUAUCGAGGGAAAUUUACCAGCAACAUCAAGAAUUGGUCCAAACCAACAAACAAAUAUUACUUACGAACUAUUGACAACGAUCAAAUAUAACCAUAAAUCUUCAGAAACGAAAAGGGGAAAUAUUUAUACUGAUGUAGUUCCAUUUGAAAUAACAAGGAUAUUUAGAAAUAAUAGACCAAAACUUUCACAGAGAACUUUUGAACCAACAACAACCGUCAUUGAGAGUUAUUUACCUGAAACAAUAUUUGUUAAUACUAAAACUUUUGUCAAACUUAUAAUUCGAAAUAUAAAUAAAGAUUUACAGAAUAAACGAUGGUCCAUUAAAAAUAUAAAUUGCUAUUUAUUUGAAAUAGUACGGUAUGAAUCGAUCUAUUGCAAAACUCAUGACAAAGAAAAAUUAUUUAAUAGACUAUUAAAACAAACAAAGGAAAAUGAAACGGCAUCUGUAUUUGAUAAAAUUCAACCAAAUAAAUCAACCCCAGUUUCAUAUUUCGAAGCAACCAAUUUAGAAAAUAUUGAUCAUAAUAAAGACCAAAAAGUUAUAACAGAACAAUCCUAUCAAAUUUUAAAAGUAGAUAUUGAUUAUAAAAAUAUUACAAAACAUUUUAUUGAAAAUAAUGAUAUUGAAGCUACAUUUAAAAUUGAUCAUGCUGGUCUAGAAAGUACAAAAUAUUCUACUGAUUUACACACUUCUGAUAUGUCUGUUAAACAUAAGGUCAUUAUGGAAAUUACAUUAUUUGAGGAAGAAAUAUCAUAUGAGAGAAUACCUUAUAGAAAGCCAACUACACCAAAACCUGAAGUUACUACAAAUUCUGAGAAGGGGCCUCUUAUUAUGGAAAACGCUGUAGUGGCUGAUGAUUCUGAAGAUUCUGAUGACAAUCAGACCCAAACCAAACGACUGUGUGCUGAUAAGACAGGUCAAAUGCAAAAAUUGAAAACAACUUUUAAGUUAAUCCUAAGUGAAACACCUAAAGAUUACCUCCAUCUUCCCUGGAUAGAAGACAUUCCUCCAAUAUAUGAAUCUAUUAAUGAUACUGACGGUGCCCCUCCCACUUACAUCUUAGCAUGA